UCAAUCUGUUGAUUAAUGAGUUGUGCCGUUAUUUCUACGUUAUAUGCAGUUACAUGUACAAUAAUUUAUUUAUGGCUUUACUCUUAAGUAUUUCAGGAAUAUUAUAUAUUUUUAAAAGUGAUACAUAAUGGGGGAUACGGUCAUGACGGGAAAUGAACAUUUUUACAAUAAUGGUGAAAUAGAAUGGCAGCCUUUAGCACUAACUUUAGUCGAAUAUCCUAAAGGUGAUUUGAUUGGUAAAAUCUUUGCUCUAAUAAGUUUGGCUCCCUUUGGAAUUGGAGCGGGAUUUGUAACAUUAAUUUUAUUUAGGCGCGAUCUUCACACAAUAGCCUUCUUUUUCGGGACUUUACUCAAUGAAUUAUUGAAUAUAAUAUUAAAACAUUUAAUAUGUGAACCUAGACCACUGGCAAGAGGUCAUUUAUACAAUGAAUAUGGAAUGCCAUCAUCACAUGCUCAGAACAUAUGGUUCUUCAGCUUUUAUGUUCUAUACUUCUUUGUAAUAAGAUUACAUCAUAUAAACAACAAUAGUAUAAUUUCUGCACUAUGGAGAGUCAUUAUAGUGGGUGGUUGUUUCAUUCUGGCGGUGCUAGUGAGCAUUGGCAGAGUGUACUUGCAUUAUCACACUGUAUCUCAAGUGGUGGUUGGAGGUAUCAUAGGAUUAGUAUUUGCAACAACUUGGUUCAUUGUUGUGCAUAGGAUUCUGACACCCCUAUUUCCACAAUUAGUAUCUUUGAAACUAUGUGAAAUAUUAAUGAUACGAGAUACAACGCUAAUACCUAAUGUAUUGUGGUUCGAAUAUACAAAGUCAAGGCAGGAGGCGCGGGCGCGCGGCCGCAAGAUGGCGUCCUUGAAGACAACACAAUGACGCUACGCCUGCGAGCGCGCUUGCGCCCCACCCAAGAAGCGCGCGUGACGUUUCGCCGCCGCCGCAGCUUUCGCGCUCAUCGGCGGUAUUGUUUUUAUAAUAACAGAACCUUUCUCAUUAAUCUUUUCCUGAGAAACGCUUUUAUUUCUUAAUUUGCAUUACACUAUGCAAUUUAUAACAUAAUAGUGACAUUCUAGGGUUAUUUAUCAAUUGAUCUAACUAAAAGAAAUGCAAUAAUUAUGAAUAUGAUUAGUAUAGCCAUGGCAGCUUGACUUAAAUGCAUUUUAUAUUGACCAUAUGAGCAAAAUAUUUCAGAAGGAACAGCACACGUUUUUAAGGUUGUGUCAUAGGAUAAUCGUAAAUUUAAAAAAGUGGGAUAACAAAACUAAGCUUAAUGGAUAUUGCUGUGUUGUAUCAACUUAUAAGAAAAACAGUUUGGACCCAAUUCUGCAAUAAAAAUUUGUAGAUAAUUAGAGUAAGGGAUUUUAAAUAUUUCUUAAUAAUUAUUCGAAUAAUUUAGAAUCCUAAAACAUUGCAAUAUCUACAUAUCUUAUGGAUUCCUAUGUCGGCUUUGAUACACUAUGUCUCAAUUAUGUUUAAGACAUAAAAUUAGAAUUCUUUAUAGCUAAAUGAUAGUUGAUAUGAUACAGCAGUUUAGAAUGUAUGGAUUUUAAACACCCUUACUGCCUUUACAUAAAUCUAAAAAAUUUAAAAUAGAUUUAAAAUAAUUUUUUUAUGUAGAUUGUUAAAUUUAUUCAAUUAGCUGCCUCAAAUAAUCAAUAAUCAAAGAAAUAUUUUAUGAUAAAAUCAUUAAAAAACUUGAAAAAAUGUGAAUGAUAACCAUAUUGUAAGAACAAAUAGUGGGAAAUAGUGUUUUAUAUUUUUUUACAUAGUAAUGUAAUUUUUUAUUAAAUUAUAUGGAUGUUGUCAUAUACAGUAGUAAAUAAAUUUUGUGAAAAUAAAUUUAGUGAGUUCACUCCACAUUGUUGGAGAGAUUUUGUUUAACUUCAUAAGAAUUAAACAAUUAUUUUAUUUGUUUGAAUCUUAAAACUUUAAUAGGAAAUGGAUUUAACUAAAGUAAUAUGUUGCCUUCCUUUAAUCUUUUAAUGUUGUUCAUUGUUUGUAUAUUUUCAUUGUGUGUAUUAGAAUAAUCAUAGUAGUAAAAUUUCUUUUUAAUCUGUUGGUCACUAUAUUUCUUAUAACUGUGGUUUUUUGGCCAAUUUUAUUUUCUAGAUUAAGGAAAAAAUGAGGAUUAACACCAGACAAAAUCGACAAUACCUCUAUAUUAAGAUCCCCGUAUCUUUAAAUAACUUUUUCAGGUAGAAUAAUUUAGAUUGAAUACUACUAUUGUUACGCUAGCUUACGUCAGUCAUAUUUCUAUAUAGUUUAUUAAUGUUGUCUUAGAUAUCCCUAAAUAAUGUGAGUAGGCAAAUAUUAUUCAAACAAUUCUUAGUAUCUCUUGAACAAGGAUGACAUUUGGGUUUGAAAAACAUGUUGUCGAUACAUUCAUCGAGAUCUCGUGCUAACUAAAGCAAAAUGUUACGUAAAAAAUUAAAAAUAAAAGUAAUUUUAUUGAAAACUGUAACUUCUGCCUACUUCUUUAUUCGAGGGAUGUAAGUUCUUUAAAUAUAUGUAUAUAAGUUUUUUCAGUCUGAGUGAUCUGUAAAUAUAUUUGACCAGAAAUUAAUAUUUAAUAUGUUUUUAUUGCGUACUGAUGCAUAUUUUGCAACUAUUACAAAUUAAUAUUAAAUCAAAGGACUAUAAAAUGAAAAACAAAAAGAAAACAAUGUCGAAAAAGCGUAAUACGUAUGCAUAAAUAUGCAACUUAUUACGCUUGUUUAUGGCAAGGUAUGUUUAUUUCUUUUUUUAUUCGAAAUGAUCUCUAUGAUAUAAUAUGCUCAAUUUAUUUUACUUUAAGCAUAUUGUAACUUACAUAAAUCAUUUUAUGAUAUAUAAUAAAAUAAUUUUGACAAAAUAGUACACGCGUAGACUGUAUCGUAUUAAUUAUUUUGCUUUCAAAUUAUAAUUUAUAUCACGUGCAUAAUACAUAUAACCUUUUUAGGAUGUGUUUGCAAAAUGUCAAGACAUACUCUAUUAUGUAUUUAUAAUGCUAUUAAUAUUAUAAAUGCGAAUGUUUGGAUGGAUGUUUGUUAGAAAGUAUCUCCAGAA